GCUUGACGGAUAAUUUCCACGAGAUUCUUCACCCCGCAACCACGCCGGCGCAUCUGUUCAAAGACCCGGACAUUCUUUUCCAGGAUUUCCAGGCCAAAAGAGAAGUGAAAAUCUUCGUGUGCGCGCCGGUCGAGGACUUUGUCAACGAGGUGCUCUCGCUCUUGCGGAACCGCUGGCUCUUGCAGGGGUUCAUCGGCUAUGCACUGCAAAAAUGUCUGGGUCUGGAAGGAUGGAACUUGUAAUGCUAAUUCUGGAUCGUGCAAAAAUCUGUGUUGCAUGAAUGCCAAAUGUUCUCCACUUUUGACCAAGUUGAGAGGAAGUUUCUCGUGCAUGAUACAUAGGCAUGAUAGGGAUCUCGUCACAGAAUCCGUCAUGCUAGGUCCUGCAUUCCAGACGAUAUAGCUCAUGGAAAAUCUGCAUGACAAGUCUCACAAUCUUCCAGACCCAGACAUUUUUGCAUUUGAUAUCGGCCUGAUUUUCCACGACAACUUUGAUGUUGACCACAGGAGGACUUCUAGUACAACAAGUAGUCGCGAUCACGAAACCAAUCCUAAUGGUAAUGAUCCGGAUCCCGGCGAUGGGGAAAACCAAAACCAAAACGACGGAAGCCACGGAGAAAUCCCCACUGACAGAAAUUUUUUCCUCCACACCCUGCACCGGUUCCAGCAAAUGUCCCUGCCGUCGCAGUUUGCCAUGCUGGUGCCCCGGUGGACAAGUUUUUUGGAACACCCGGUCGAGCAAAGCAUCGAGGAGAUCGCGAAGAAAAGGAAAGUAUCCUGUGCAAAAGUAUCGUACUCGUAGUAAUUAUCGCAAUUAUGCAUUGCAAAUCCUUUUCUUAAGGUAAAGCCGCAUAACAAAUUUUAUUUUUCAUGCUGAGGAAAUUUGUAUUUGUAAUGCAUUUAUACUUCGAGUGCGAUAGUACUUUUGCAAUUCAUAGAAGCUGUUUUACUCCAGUGUCAUGCUGGAUGACAAAACCGAUACUACAACUACUUCAGGGGGCAGCACAAGUACGAGAAACCACAUCCGUAUCCACAGGAAAUUUCCCGUACACGACGUACAAAUGCGGUUUCUGCAUGACAAAACUUUCGUUCAAUUCUUUCUUUCAGCAUGACAAGUGGUAUGCUGCAAGUUGAUGAAAUUUGUGAUGCAUUUUGUGCAUGUACUUACAGGAAAUUUGUAUUGCAUGAUCCGGCGGCGCAUUCGCGAAGCGAGUCUCGGGCUGGGGACGACCUGCUCGCUAUUCCAAGCGGCAGCGAUUGCGGAGGGGGUCGUCUCCGUCGGUCUAGGGAUCGAGCCGGAGCUGGUGUAUCAGGCGGAAAACAUCGGCCGGGACCAGUGGGACGAAUAUGUGCCGACGCUGCGGUCGCGAGUGGAGGUGUUGGUCACAAAGUACGUGCUAUGAAAUGCAAAUAUGUCUGGGUCUGGAAGAUAGCAAGAUUUGUGAUGCAGUUUAUCCAAGCUCCACCAAGAAGUCUGCAAUGCAGGGUCUAGCAUCACGGGAUCUGCAGCCCCUUGGUGAUGCCUGUUCUGCAUGACAAAUGCCCUCUCAGCAUGGCCAGAAGUGGGCACCUUUUGCAAGUCACGCAACACAGAUUUUUGUACGAUUCGCAACAUGCAUCACAAGUUCGAAUCCUUCCAGACCCAGACAUAUUUGCAAUGCAUACGUGCUGGAAGGGUACCAAACGCCAGCACCGGCGAAAGAACAGGAGGAUGAAAAUACUCAAUCCACUUCAGAGC